AUGGAACGUUACGAAUCUCUGGGUCUGGUCGGCGAGGGCAGUUACGGCACCGUGCUGAAGUGCCGUCACAAAGACUCCGGCCGCCUCGUCGCCAUCAAGAAAUUCAUGGACUCGGACGAUGACAAGACGGUGAAGAAGAUCGCUCUGAGGGAAAUCAAGCUGCUGAGGGUACCUGUCAAUCAGUCCAUCGGCCAAUCAAUCAAUAAGUAACUGAGCAGUGAGCGGCCUCUUUGAGCCUGAAACCUGAGCGACUGAAAACACAAAAGCAGCCUGUCAAUCACUGAACAAACAAAGUCACAACAAAGUCAGAGUCGCACCACUCCUUCACAGGAGGAUCUUGAGGCGUUUUAGAAGCCAGUCUGGAUUAUUGAGAUUGACUUAUUCUGGAGCCUGAGUGUCAAACUUCAAAUAAAUCUGCCUUUGAGUUCAUUUCUCUCGUCUUUCUUUCCAUCUAGCAACUGCGUCAUGACAACCUGGUGAACCUCCUGGAGGUGUGGAAGCGUCGCCGUCGCUGGUACUUGGUGUUUGAGUUCGUGGAGCGAACUCUCCUGGAUGAUUUGGAGCAAAACCAAAGUGGGCUGGACUUGAACACCAGCCGGCAGUACCUGUACCAGAUCCUGAGAGCUGUGGCCUUUUGUCACCAGCAAAAUGUGAGUUCUCCCAGGAAAUCUAAGACUUUUGGGUUUGUCUCAGCUAGUCAGGUUCAUUUUCAGGUUAGGUAGAUACUAUGGCCGUGAAAAGGUGGUAUAUUAUUAAAGGUUUGUGUUUUAAUCCCACUUUUUCAUCGUAGAUAAUCCACCGGGACAUCAAACCAGAGAACAUUCUUAUCUCUCAAGGGGGAGUGGUCAAACUGUGCGACUUCGGCUUUGCCCGGACGUUAACGAUGCCUGCUGAUGGUGGUGUCUACACGGAUUAUGUGGCCACUCGCUGGUACAGAGCCCCAGAACUGCUGGUGGGAGACACCAAGUAUGGAAAGUAAGUGUCGGCGUGAACAUCGUACAUUGUCCUCUCUGGGUUGUAUAUUUAUCUGAACUUCUUUGUGUGUUUAGACCUGUUGACUUGUGGGCUGUUGGUUGUCUGCUCUUGGAGAUGUUAACGGGUCAGCCUCUGUUUCCUGGAGACUCAGACCUUGAUCAAAUAUACCACAUUGUCAAGUGCUUUGGUAAGCGAGUGAUUUGGAUAAAGGUGUGUCAGAUUCCAGCGUCUUUGUACUCUUCAGGAUCUAAUUUUUUUCAAUAAAAGGUAACCUGACGGCUCAUCACCAGGAGUUAUUCUACAGGAAUCCCGUCUUUUCAGGGGUCAGGCUGCCUCAGUGUUCUGGGACAGUCCCACUUGAGCAGCGUUUCCCUUCGAUCCCAACCAACGCACUGGACGUUGCACAGGUACAGUGUCUCCGGUUCAUUGGUUCAGAGAAGAGAACCCUCAUUAACCUUUUUUCCACCAUUCAAAUGAUUAUUUUUUUAAUGAUUUCAAUUCACGUUUGGACAAUGAAAAGAUAAAAUCUGUUUAACCGUUGUGUUUCCUCGUUCAGAAAUGUCUCCAGAUGGAUCCAGAAAACAGAACACAGUGUUCAGAACUUCUAGAGCACACUCUUUUCACUCAUGACUCAUUUGAUGUCAGGUAGCUCUGCGUGCUCACAGUAAAACCCAAUUUUGACCUUGUGUCAGCCAAGCUUUGCUCAUUUGAACUUGUCAUCCCAACAGGUUUUUGGAUGAACUAAAUGUCAAGAUCCAAAAGGACCACAGAGAAAAUUCUACCCUCCCCAAAAUAGGCAAAACCCAGAGACGGGAAAAAGAUGAAGUGGAUGCCAAGAACAAAAAGAGCAAAGACAAAAAACAAACCGAAGCCCCGGAGGAGAAAUUCAACAAGGCGAAGGAGAAGAGUGACAAGGAGGAAAGAGAGGACAAGUUACCCAAAACAAAGGGAAAACAUCCCUCUAAGCCAAAAAGCAUUCGCAACACCUCGGAACCUCAGCUGUCAACCAAACAAUCUAAAACAUCAGAAGCCAAAAUUAUUGAUAAUGCAUCAAAAUUGACCAAAAGCCACCACGGCCAAAUCGACACGAGGAGUAAACCUGGAAAGGCUGUUGGUGCAGAGCUGAGAAAAGAACCUGAGAUCCCUAAACCACCUAAAACCCAAACCUUUGAUUCAUUGGAUGCAUCCAAGACUGCAACCGGUCUGGAUGAAAACAGUUCCCUGAAUGCUGAACUUAAAAAUGGGAAAGUUGCCUCAUCAGAGCCAAAGAACGGCCAAUUAGACAAGAAAGAGACAAAAGAAAGAAAUCUAACUGGCUUGAACUCCAGUUGCUCUGACAAUACUGUGUCAAGUACAGUUGAGACAAAUAUGAUGGUAACCCAGAUGUCAUCCAAACUGGAGCCAAGUCAGGACCAAAGCAAGACCAACUCAAAGACAGGAGCUCUCCAAGUCUCUAAAAGUCCGCCUAGUCAUGGAACAAUGAAAGGUUCUUCUCUGAAACCUUCGUUGAAAUCAACCAUCGAUGGCCCAUCUACUGCUUCCGUCCCUGAGCCAUGCAAGAAAAAUACUUCCUCAAAGCAUCACGCCAAGAGUUUGAACCUGGACACAGAGCAAAAAAAUCCAAAAGUCUUACCCCCACCUACCAAGCCAUCAAAGAAUAUAUCAAAGCCUGGCACCAAAGUAACCAAAGACAACAAAUCUUUACCCAACAGUCCCCUGAAGAGUCUUACCUCAGAUUUUUCCGCACAAUCCUCCAAGGUUCUCACUGAGGAAAGUCCUGCAAAUAGAGUUGCAACACUAUUGAAGGAAACCCUCCAAACAGGAACAUGCUUAGAUCCUAAACUAGAUGACACUACGUAUUUUCCUGAUCCCCCAAUAACCAAGGACCUUGGAGGGGCAUUGAUUGCAACCACAACUUGGGAGAAGAGUUGUAAUACCUCAGAGGAGGACAUCAGGGGGAACUACGAGUGCUCAACAAGAAGCUCUGUUACCAAAAAAGCCUCAAAGAACUUUGAGACAUCUGAUAUUUCCACUUACUCAGGGGAUCUGGAAUUUCAUGAGCCCAGCAGCAACCGUCUGCAAAGCACCAAGCCAAAGAUCACCACAGAGUCCAGAGCAUUGACCACCAUGCCAAGCAAAAUCCCCAAAACCGAAACACCUCAAGCAACAACAAUUCCUAAAGCGAUGGAAGUCUCAGAUAAAGAGAACAGAAAGGAUCUCGCACUAUCUUUGUCCACAAGUCCAUCAAACAAGUCCUCGGUGGAUCAUAUCCCAAAGGUUGAGCAGGAAGAACCUAGUUUGAAAUCUUUUAGACCUCUCCAUUCUCUGAUGGGGGAACCCGAGACAAAGCUUGGAUCUUUCAGCAACCACAGCAACUCCUCUACAGCAAUGAUGCUCAGGACUCAAAAAACUGUAUUUCCUACAGGGGCAAGACAUAAAAGAGACAACGUAGAAAAGGAGAACUCAACCAAUGUGACCACAAACACAGGAUCAACCACUUCCUUCAGCUCAGUGGCAACUCCAGAGCAGGAAGUUCUGACAAGGAUCUCCCACAACCUGUACACCACAGAUUUAAAUGAGUUUAAUUUCAGUGUAUCGAAUUCAUCUCCACCGCCUCCUCCCCCUCCGCCCUCUUCAACUCCUCUACUACUUCCUCCAUCAGCGACUCCCCUUGUUCCCUCUAUCUCUGUCGUUAGUACCAUCAGUUCUGCCCCCAGCAAUCCAUCCUACAUGGGAACAGGAUUCCAUCCUGGGCUCCAGGACCUAAGGUAGGUAUCUUUUCACAGAUGGCAUAACUAAAGUUCUGCACUAGGGCAUGAAAAUUUAAGUACUCAGGCCUAAACACAGCGAAGGGUUAGGGUUAGGGGUUCGCCUUCAAAGCCUAAGAUGAAUAAUUCAUCAAUCAUGGAAAAUUCUUGUGAUUGGGUACAACUCAAGACCCAUCCGAACCCUAUGAACUCUACACAAGGGAUAGAUACCAGAUGUUUGAACAUUAUUUGUGUGUCUUGCAGGGGUACCGACAAACCACGGCAACUGACCCAGCAGCCUUUAUCCAGCCAUUCACCGGGAUCACUAAGUCAUCAGGUAACACAGUACAUGCUUUUAAUCACAGUAUGAACACAGUGAAGAAUCAGCUCUUUCAAAGUUGACACUUCCUUCCUUUUCAGGUGCCAGAGAAGAGUCAGAUCUGUGAGCACUUGUUCCAGUCAGAGAGUUGCAACUUCAGUAACACCAAAGUGACCAAAAAGAAAUCCAACAUCCAUUUCCCAGAUCUCAAAAGGUCAGUGCUGGGUCAAGGUAUGCACUCUACAUACACACAAAAAAAAAAUCAUCACGCCCAUUUAUUCUGCAGGCUCUGUGUGGGCCAAUGA